AUGCUUUAUCCUGCAACCGAGCUCAUGUUUUCAGCGGGCGCCGUUGUCUUUGACGCCAAGCGAGAGCGAGUCUUGACAAUUGUCUGUCAAAAGGCCCCAAGGCAUCGAGAGAUUGGGUUUCCCAAGGGCCAGGUUGAGGACGGCGAGACUAUCGAAGCUGCGGCCCGACGCGAGGUUGAGGAGGAGACCGGUGCCAAUCACCAACGAGUGUCCAACCACAUUGGCAUUUCGGACAAGGAAGUCGCCGAAUACAUUAUCCAUCUGCACAGCGAAAGCAAAGGCUAUGCCGACUUUAAAAAGCGCCUGGACCAGGAUGAGUGCGGGUUUUCAGAAGCGUUUAUCCAGACUUUGCACCGACUGAUCUCAGCACUCAACCUCAGAAGGCGACAACCCACAGAAACAGCCGCGGACAAGGCCGCCUUGUUCCCGGGACUGUCGCUUCCCAACAAACCAGUCGACAACCCUCAUAUCUCUGCAGCAGACCGCAUUUUGGCGGGUGGUGCGCGGGGGAGUAGCGGACAGCAGCAUCGCAACAGUCGCGAGAGGGAAAGGAGUCGCAGCAGAUCUCCUUCCAGACAGCAUCGGGAUUCGAGACCUGAUAAUAGGCACAGAGGAUCAACCAGACACAACAGCCGUAGUCGCAGCCGCAGCCGCAGUCGCGACAGAAGAACCUCCCGAUGGGACGAUCCGCGCGACAGGAAUUUUCACGGCAGCAGGGAUGGACAUCGUGAGCGCGAUAACCGCCGCGAAGGCCGCCGCGAAGGCUCGGGCCAGACAUUAGACGAUGCGCCAGUGUUGUACAAGAUUUACUCCGGGCGCGUCUCGAACCUCAAAGACUUUGGAGCGUUUGUUGGGCUUGAGGGCAUCCGAGGGCGUGUCGAGGGCAUGGUGCAUGUGUCAGCGAUCCAGAAGAACGUCCGGGUGGAGAACCCUCGCGAGGUGCUGGAGCGCGGCCAAUCCGUCAAGGUUAAGGUCUUGUCAAUCGUUGGCAGCAAGCUUGGUUUGUCGAUGAAAGAUGUGGACCAGGCGACCGGAGAGGACCUGUCGCCACACUUGUAUCCAGGGAUGCCAGUGGAAUCUGAGGAUAGUGCUCGGAGCGCUCGCGAGAAGGUCAGGGAGCUGUCGCGGCCCGUGGGUAUUUCGGGCAGCAACGCCACACAGCUCGGUGGCAGACCCGGCGCUACGGAUCGGCUGACGUCUCCGGAGAGGUGGGAGAUCAAGCAGCUGAUCGCCUCGGGCGCGCUCGAUCGCGCUGACUACCCCGAUCUUGAUGAGGUCGACGAAGACGGCAUCCCUGCAUUCGAUGACGACAACGAGGAGCUGGACAUUGAGCUGCGCGAGGAGGAGCCUGACUUUUUGCGUGGCCACUCGGUGCAAUCGGUGCAGCUGAGUCCAAUCAGGGUUGUCAAAGCGCCUGAUGGCUCGCUAAACCGUGCGGCGUUGGCAGGGGCAGCGUUUGCCAAGGAGCGCAAGGAGCUGAAGCAGCAGCAGGCCGAAGCUGAAAUGGACAACUUGCCUAAGGAUCUCAACCGGCCAUGGGAGGACCCAAUGCCGGCGCCCGGCGAGCGCAACUUUGCACAAGAUCUGCGCGGCGUUGCUGCCGAGGUUGCCAGCAAGACGCGCGGCGGCGACGUGCCUGAGUGGAAGAAGGCUGUCGAGGGCAAGGCUGUCACAUACGGCAAGCUCACCGACAUUGUACAACUGCGCGACCUGUUUGUCGAGGCUGUCAGCAAGCACCAGUUCUUGGUGGCAGUCGGAGAUACAGGCUCGGGGAAGACAACGCAGCUGACGCAAUACUUGUACGAGGAAGGGUUUGCGCGCCGCGGGCGCAUUGGGUGCACGCAGCCAAGACGUGUGGCAGCCACCAGCGAGGUUGGAUGCCGGCUGGGCACUGAGGUUGGGUACACUAUUCGUUACGAGGACUGCACGUCGCCAGAGACCAAAAUUAAGUACUGCACUGACGUUAAGCGGUACUCGGUGAUUAUGCUGGAUGAGGCGCACGAGCGCGCGAUCAACACUGAUGUCCUGUUUGGUCUGCUCAAGGAAGCGUGUCGCCGGCGCCCAGACCUGAAGGUUAUCAUCACUUCGGCUACACUGGAUGCUGAAAAAUUCUCAAAGUACUUCAACAACUGCCCGAUCUUUACGAUUCCCGGUCGCACCUUCCCCGUGGAGGUCCUUUUCUCGCGCGAGCCUGAGACCGAUUACAUGGACUCGGCGCUGAUGACAGUGAUGCAGAUUCACCUGACUGAGCCACCCGGCGACAUUCUGCUGUUCUUGACCGGUCAGGAGGAGAUUGACACGUCCAGCGAGAUUCUAUACGAGCGCAUGAAGGCGCUGGGCUCGAUGGCCCCGGAGCUGAUUAUCCUGCCGUUCACGAUCGACGGCAUUUACUACGUGGUCGACCCGGGAUUCGUCAAGCAGAUGACGUACGACGCGAAGUCCGGGCUGGAUCAGCUCAUUGUGACACCAAUCUCGCAGGCGCAGGCUAAGCAAAGGUCUGGGCGCGCCGGGCGCACGGGCCCAGGAAAGUGCUACAGACUGUACACAGAGUCAGCCUUCCGCAACGAGAUGCUGCCCAACAGCGUGCCUGAGAUCCAGCGCGUCAACCUGUCGUCGAUGGUGCUGCAGCUCAAGGCCAUGGGAAUUAACGAUCUAAUUGGCUUUGACUUUAUGGAUCCGCCGCCAGUGCAAACACUGAUUGCGUCGCUGGAGUUGCUGCACUCGCUGGGCGCUCUGGACAACGAGGGCCUGUUGACGCGCAUCGGGCGCAAGAUGGCCGAGUUCCCGAUGAGCCCCGAGCUGGCCAAGGCGCUGCUAGCCAGCGUCGAGUACGGCUGCAGCGAGGAAGUGCUGACCAUUGCUGCGAUGCUGUCAGCCGAGGGUUCGGUGUUCUACCGGCCAAAGGAGAAGCAAGCAGCGGCCGACUCAAAGAAAGCCAAGUUCCACCAGCCCGAGGGCGACCAUCUGACGCUGCUGGCCGUAUACAACUCGUGGAGGGACUCCAAGUUUAGCAACACCUGGUGCUUUGACAACUUUUUGCAGUACCGCCGCCUGCGCAGCGCAUUAGACAUCCGCAAGCAGAUGGUGGGUAUCAUGGAUCGAUACAAACAGGACAUUGUCAGCUGCGGCGAGCGCAACUUUGAUCCGGUGCGCCGAGCGCUAUGCGCCGGGUUCUUCCGCCACGCAGCCAAGCGCGACCCGCAGGAGGGCUACAAGACGCUGAUUGAGGGCACGCCCGUGUACAUCCACCCGUCCAGCGCACUGUUCAACAAGAACCCCGAGUGGGUGAUUUACGAUGGGCUGGUUACUGUGGUAGAGCCGCGCUGGAUGGUGGAGGUGGCACCAACCUUUUUCAAGGUUGCUGAUGCCAACAAGAUCUCACGCCGUAAGCGCAACGAACGUCUGGAGCCGCUCUACAACAAGUUUGAAAAGCCCAACGAGUGGCGUAUCAGUAGAGUGCGCAAGCCUCGCCGCAACAAGCAGACAUUCGGCUGA